ACCCAAAACCUUUUCUUUCUCUUUUUUUUUAUUUUUCAAAAGAGAAAAAGAAAAAAAAAGGUAAGGCAAUGAGCAGCGAAACAAAUCCAACCUCUCCAAUUUCUCCAUCAUCUCUAAAACAAAAGCUAAAGUCUUCUAUUCGUCUCCCAUGGCUCUGCCACCACAGCCGCCAAGACAGGGCUCUAAAUGCCUCAGCCACUCCUCUUCCAACCCCUACUCCAAGCCCUACGGCUAAUAACAACCACAACAAGCCAAGGCUAAGCAAGACAUUGUCUCCUACGUAUCUGAAGUCCCCGGAGUUUAGAGACAAGUGUCGUAGCUUGAUUAACCGCAUUGGACACGGUCCUGGUCACCGCCAUAGCCAUAGCCACAGCCACAGUUAUGGUUAUCAUGGCCAUGGCCACGGGAGACGACACUCGGCGGAUUUUCGAUAUGAUCCGUCUAGUUACGCAUUGAAUUUUGAUGAAGGAUUCAAUGAUAGCCAACUUGAUGAGUUCCCUUCGAGAAAUUUUUCUACUAGGUUGCCAGCUUCUCCUUCUACUACUACUUCUAGAGAAAUCACUGCUUAUACUUGAAAAAUAAGAUUUUGGCUUUCUGUUGAAUUUGCAUGGAAAAAUGAUGGCUUGAUGAGGAUAUAGUGGUAGGUUUUUUUUUUUUUGUUAAAAAAGAAAAUUGCUUGCAAUUGUAUAUAAUUUUUUUUCUUCUCAUUUGUUGAUUAAUCUUUGAUAAAAAGUUACUAUAAAUAAGAUGCAUCCUUAUCUCAAUUA